AGGUGGACUCAGGUGGAUUCCGGGAAUUGGCUAAUCCCAGCCAGGACAAGCGAGCGAUGUCGCAACAGCUCCUCUACCGCGCUCUGGUCUCUGCCAAAUGGCUUUCAGAAGCCAUCAAGUCCCAGCAGGCUGGUCUGGCCUUGCGAAUCGUGGACGCAUCCUGGUACUUGCCGAAGAUGAAGCGGGACCCGAAGAAGGAGUUCGAGGAGCGCCACAUCCCCGGGGCAGUGUUCUUCGACAUCGACCAGUGCAGCGACCGAACCUCACCCUACGAUCACAUGCUGCCCAAGGCUAGUGACUUUGCCGAGUAUGUGGGCAAGCUGGGCGUGGGGAAUGAUUCCCACGUCGUCGUGUACGAUGGCAGCGACCAAGGUCUCUUCUCAGCGCCGCGGGUGUGGUGGAUGUUCCGGGUCUUUGGCCACGAAGCUGUCUCCCUCCUGGAUGGUGGCCUGAAGAACUGGCAGCGGGAGGGCAAUGCACUGAGCUCUGGGAAAACCCAGGUAGCUCCAUCUGAGUUCCAUGCCUCCUUGGACAAGUCCCUGGUGAAAACAUACGAGGAUGUCAUAGAUAACUUGGAUUCACAUCGCUUCCAACUGGUGGAUGCCCGCGCUGCGGGACGGUUCCGGGGAGUAGAGCCGGAGCCCCGCGAUGGAAUUGAGCCUGGUCAUGUCCCUGGGUCAAAGAACAUCCCCUUCACCGAUUUCCUCACAGAGUCCGGCUUAGAGAAGACCCCUGAGCAGAUCCGCACUCUGUUCCAGGAGAAGAAGGUGGACCUCCUAAAGCCAGUGGUAGCCACGUGUGGCUCUGGGGUCACUGCCUGCCACGUGGCUCUGGGAGCAUACCUGUGUGGCAAACCAGAUGUGGCAGUGUAUGAUGGGGCCUGGGUGGAGUGGUACAUGCGGGCACAGCCAGAAAAUAUUAUCUCUGAGGGAAAGGGGAAGACGGUGUAAUAAGCUGCUUCGUCUCCCAGCUGUGCAGGUAAUUUGCCUUGAAACAGGAUUUGGAAAAGAUGG